AUGGGCACUGGCGGCCUGGUGGUUUUCCGCAGUGUUCGAGACGGGCAGAAAAGCGUCUUUGCCUGUAUCUACUUCCAGUGUGACGGAUACUAUACGUCCCUGGGAGUUCGACUUGCCGAGUUUCUACAGACCUGCGAACUGGUCAAUGGAUUGAGUGGCAAGCCGUCGAACGGAAAGACCAUUUGCAACGGCUUUGGCUGCCUCGUCGCACAAUUCAUUGCAGAAUUCAAGACAGGAGCCGGUCACCUUUACCUCUUUCCAACGGACUGCAAGCUUGAAAUGGAGUUCGUCUACGUUGUGGAAUAUGAUGGCAAUCAACCUGGGGAGCCGUUGUCGAUUAAGACUUGGAAACAUGCACAUGCUCAGCCAGAGACCCUCAAGUCCAUGAGCCCUGCUGAGUUCCAUGCCUUCAGCCUGCGAGGCGGCGACGAGGAAACCAAUGCGGAGUCCGCUGCUGGCCCGAAAAUCCCCAAAGCUGCUUGCGAGGCGCUUUCAGAUGGCUUGCUCCGUGCUCGCGCACUUCGUCGAAGACUUCAGCACAGACAGGAAGUCGUGCAAAGCGAGAAGCCAACGUCAGCUACACUAGCUGUGCACCGAGUGCUCUUCAUCAGUCUGGCACGCCAAACGAAACGAAGGCAGGCCUUUCUGCAACAGCUACAUCGAUUUCCAGAGUUGCUGAGCCGGGUGGAGUGGAUCCGGGCUGUUGAUGGAUCAACCCUUCAACUGGAUAAGGUGCCAAGGCGCACCGUCACUCCUCAGGGCAUCCAGGAUGCCGGAACGCCCCACCCCAAAGUGCUGGGCUACAUACUGACCCGUGGUGCAAUUGGCCUGGCUCUGUCAAUGCACGAAGCCUUUGAACGGAUUGCACUGGACAAGGAGGACGACCACGUGUAUCUUCUCUGCGAGGACGACGCGAUGUUCGCACCGAGCUUCACCGAGGAGUGGAGACGGCUAUUGCAUGCAACCAGGCUUCAAGACCCACAGUGGGAGGUGCUUCACGUUGGCUUCCAUGCUGCCUGCACCACCAUCAGGAGCUGCGGAGGGGCUCCGGAGGUCGGAGACCCCGUGCAGGAGCUCAAUACCUUCAAGCAGUUUUACAAAGACACGAUGUUGGUCCAAGCGAGAAAGCACGGCAAGACUGGUGGCAUUCAAGGUGCCUUCGAGGAGCUUGGAGGCGGCAACGAUGGCCAGGUCACAAGAGAAGAGAUGGUGAAGUAUCUCACGAAGAACAACUACCCCGGGGAUGCAAAUGCCCUGUUUGACCUCGUGGAUGUCGACAACGAAGGACUGAUCACCAAAGCUGAGUUCGGACAGAUGACGGAGCUUGACUUCAUCAAGAAAGGUCCUGUGCGAGCCUUCAAGAACUUCUUGUGCAAGAAGUUCGGCAAAAUCGAGGAAGCCUUCAAGAAAUUGGACACCUCUCACGACAAAGAGAUUGACUCCAAAGAGUUCGUCGCGAGCGUGGAGAAUUUGGGCUACGAGGGCGAUGCAGACAUCAUGUUUCAGCUCCUGGAUGAAGACAAAGAUGGAAAAGUCACCCUCGGGGAGCUCAAGAAGCUGCUGGGAAAGCUGAAGAAGGUGGAGGAGGAGAAUCCCAACGAAGGCGAGCAGGAGCUGUCCACUCCCACAAAUGACAAGAAAGGCAAGAAAGCCAAAAAGCACAAGCCGGACUCCGGCUCUUGGAGCUUGGCCGUCGCAGAAGCGAUGGCUCAUUUUGCAGAGUGCCCAGUCGGCCGACCAGCUGAACUCUUCGGAUGCUACGGCCUGGCGCUGCGGCCGGCUGGUGCUAGAGCACUUUGUCGGCACCUCUUCCCCGUGAGCCUGCAGGUGGACACUGAGCUUUCACGGCUGUAUCAGCACUUCGCCAAAGAGGUUGGCUCCGUGGAGGUUCGAGCCUUGAGCCGCCGGCCGGCAGACUUUACCCCACUACGGGCCUAUGCCCCGCGGUGUCCGAAGAACGAGGAAGAGGCAUGUCGUGUUUCCUGGCCUGGGCCUCUGAUCGUCGCGCCCGCCUCCACCGCGGAGAACACAGACAUCCAGGUUCUGAGCAUCCACAAUCAUGCAAAGCAAUACGAGAUGUAA